UGACUUUGAAAGUAACCAAGUGGUAAUGCCAUGUGUGCUAUAACGCUCUUAUAUUCUGCUCUUUUACAAUUCAAUUAUACCAAACACGUCAUGGAGGAUUUAUUAAACCAUUCAACCAACAUUCAAAAAGCGCAAUCGAAAAUGCAGAGUGGAGUAUCUAUGGGGCUUGACGAUUUAUCCAAUCUUUUACGACAAGCAAAAGAGAACAUUCAAAAAGGUAAUGGCUGGGGUUGAGGGAAACUUAUGCAGAAAGUACACCUAUUUUUUUUAACUAUUGUAUUCUUUAUACAAUGGGUGCAAUGACCCGCUUUUUGUAGACCCUGCAAGUAUAAAGGAUACUAUGAGUACGUUACAGUCAACUGCACGCGCACGAUAUUAUAAAGAUAGCAAAGACAGCAGCGACUCGCAUAAUAAAAAUGACGAUAUAACGGAGAAAAGCAAGGAUACAAAGGAAUUCUACAAGGUGCAAAAAAAGUUUCACGGCUCAGUGAACAAGUUCUCCAAGGAUAUCGAGAAGCGUUUCACCCAAGAUCUAUCGGUGAUAUCCAACCCGGAAGCAUUCUCUGGUAAAGAAUACCUGCUGAGUCGGGCUUUGGCGAUCCAUUUUAUCCGACAAGGCCAGUUCGAUCUUUGUGAUACGUUUAUGCAGGAGGCCGGUAUUGACGAAGAAGACGAGUUGCGCUUGACAACAGAGUUGCUGAAGAAAGAGUUCCAACGCAUGUAUACGAUCCUUCGUGAGCUAGAAGAUCAUAAUGAACUCAGCAAUGCCAUACAAUGGGCACGGACACAUCAUAAUGAGUUAGUAAAAAUCGGAAGUAGCUUGGAAUUUGAUCUUCAUCGACUUCGUUUUAUACAAUUACUCGCACAGCAAAAGCCAAUGGACGCCCUUGCGUACAGCCGACAAUACUUUGACCCUUUUGCAGAUAAGCACAUGGCUGAAAUCCAGCGAAUGAUGACUUCAAUGAUCUACUUUCAAAACUUGGGCAAUUCUCCGUACGCAGAUCUAUGCUCACCCACUUUAUGGAUGGAUAUCUGCCAUGAGUUCCAAAAGGAUUUUUGCUCUUUGCUCAAUAUGAGUGCGGAAAGCCCAUUGCACGCAAGCGUACUUGUCGGUACCACAGCACUUCCAGUGAUUAUGAAAUUGUACAAGAUCAUUAGUAUGAAAAAGACAGAAUGGAGUCAACAGGACGAAUUACCGGUCGAAUUGCCCUUGUCCGACGAGCUGCGCUUCCACUCCGUCUUUGCAUGUCCUGUCAGCAAAGAACAGGCCACAGACGAGAACCCACCCAUGAUGAUGCCCUGUGGUCACGUUAUCUGCAGAGAAAGUUUGACGCGUCUGAGUAGAAGUAGCAGUAGCAGAUACGGAAGAAACUCGAUGCGGUUCAAAUGCCCAUACUGUCCUUCCGAAUCGGCAGCAGAUCAAGCGGUGCAGGUUUAUUUUUAACAACAAAAAAGCUACCAAUGAUAAUAAUAAACAAGCCAUCAUUUGACGAAUCCUCAACGAAGUUACAUGGUUACUCUGACAUACUACUAAAGCAAUCAACCUACUCCCAUUGCAUCAAGCAUGAACACCAUACUAUGACAGCUCAUCAAAUAUGCUCUCGUCUGUGGAUGAUGAAAGAAGGAGAAGUUAGAAAGAUAAAGACGCUCGUAUGUCGUUUUCAUUCGGUCAGUUGAGUAGGGCAUCGGGAUGGCGUCAUUGUGGCAACGGUUGGAUCGGGAU